AAACACAGAUUUGCAGCAAGGUGCAGGUAUUCUCUGACGCCUGAUUGGACAAACAAGGCCAAUCAGCUCUGAGGGGAAGGGAGGCCUCGCGCAGAAAGCAGCGAAGGGGGAGUUUGCGACGCGGCCUGAGCGCGAGACGGGGAUUAAGGCGGGAGAAGGAAGCCGGGUCUCGCGCCCCCUCCCCCUCCCCUCCCCUCGGUGACAAAAGCUGCUGAUCAUGAGGAAGAAAGCUGAAGCGUGGUGGAGAUUCUUGGAUUUCUGACUCUGAAUUGCACAUUGUACGCAGCAUCCCGCGCUCAUGGAGAGAUGCAUGUUCCGUAAAUAAAUGCUUCGCUCUUCCCGGUGCUACAUCUGUUGCUGAGGGGCUUUGAAACAAGAGAUGGCUUUGUUCUGAGAUCUCUUGCUUAUAUGUAGAAGAGCAAUCUACAACAGAGGAAAGCUGAAUUCGAGAGAAGAUUUGGAAAUAAUGGAGGACUUCACUACCAGGACCUAUGGGACCAGAGGCCUGGACAAUAGGCCUCUCUUUGGAGAAACGUCACCAAGGGAUAGAAUAAUCAAUUUAGCUGUUGGCAGUGUAACAUCCUUGCUGCUCACAGUCACUCUAAUCAGUGCUUUUGUGUUUCCACAACUACCUCCAAAACCAGUGAAUAUAUUUUUUGCUUUCUGCAUCUCCUUGUGUAGUGUAUCGGCGGGCAUUCUUAUCUACUGGUAUCGACAAGGAGACCUGGAGCCUAAAUUUAGGAAUCUAAUUUACUACAGCUUGUUCUCUAUUGUUAUGUUAUGUAUAUGUGCCAAUCUCUACUUCCAUGAAGUAGGGAAAUGACUGAUCCAGUAUGGACUAGAAUGCGCCAAGGUGGUUCUGGGCACUGUGGUGAAAAACGCUCUCAGGAUGGAUAACUGAUCCCAAGUCAAGAAGGCUUCAUCAGCGCAAGUGUGGAACGGGUACUUGAGUCUUGAUGCCGAUGUAUACUUUCACAGCCCAUGGUUGUGGUGGGGUGAACUAUUGCCAUAUGACAUGCCAUCUCUGCUUUGGUGGGGCGGGGGAAAAGAACUCCUAGUGCACUUAAUGAACAUUCCAAAUGUACACUUGUUUUUUCAGAACGGCAUGAGCUUUCUCCUUUUUGGGAAAAAAUGCAUUUUUAUUACACUGUACAAAAACUGCAGCACUGCAAAUGUCUGUACUACAGUAUAAAUAAAAAGGCAUCCUACUGCUACAGAAGACAAA